AAAAAAAAAAGGUUACAUCUAAAAUCUUAAAAUACUAAAUUCACUUUUUCUUUUUUUUUAACACUCAUUUACAAUAGAAAAUAGUUUUAUCCAUAAUUCAUAUUUAAAAUAUGAUUAAUAGUUUUUCUUAAGAAAAAUUCAAUUUCUUUUUAGCCAACAAUUGCACGUCAAGUAUUUCCUUGUUUUGAUGAACCAUUAUUUAAAGCAAAUUUUUCAAUAUCAAUAAGUUAUGAUCCAAGUUUUACAGUUGUUCGAUCGAAUGGUGAAAUGUUAAAUAAUAAUCAACCAGAAUUAUUGCCUAAUGGUCGUUUAUUAGCACGUUUUGAACAAACUCCACCAAUGUCAACAUAUCUUGUUGCAUUUGUUUUAACUGAUUUUCAAUGUAUAACAAAUCAAACAUGGAAUAAUAUUCGUGUUAGUGUUUGUGGACGACAAGAAGCAAUGAGUAAAGGUGACGGAGAUUUUGCUUUACAUGUUGCAAUACAUGUUAUAACUUAUUUUGAACAAUCAUAUAAUGUUCCUUAUCCAUUAAGUAAAUGUGAUCAUUUUGCUAUACCAGAUUUUUCAGCUGGUGCUAUGGAAAAUUGGGGUUUGGUAACAUAUCGUGAAACGGCACUAUUGUAUAAUAGUGAAACAGGCAAUUUAGCAAAUAAACUUCGUGUUGGUGAAGUUGUUUCACAUGAAAUAGCUCAUCAAUGGUUUGGAAAUAUUGUUACACCAAAAUGGUGGAAUGAUAUUUGGUUAAAUGAAGGUUUUGCAUCAUGGGUAGAAGUUCUUGGUCUUCAUAAUGCAAAUCCAGAAUUUGAAGCAUUGGAUAUAUUUGUUACAACAACUGUACAACGUGCACUUGUUAUGGAUAGUCUUUAUUCAAGUCAUCCAAUAAGUGUUGAAGUAACACAUCCAGAUGAAAUUAAUUCAAUAUUUGAUGCUAUUUCUUACGAUAAAGGUGCAUCAAUUCUUCGUAUGAUAUAUUCUGUUUUAAAUGAAACAACAUUUUUUCAUGGUAUAAGUAAUUAUUUAGAUUAUUUUAAAUAUAGCAAUGCUGUACAAGAUGAAUUAUGGGCAUUUUUAACAAAUAUUACUAAUCCAGUUACACUUGGUAGUUAUACAGUAAAACAAAUAAUGGAUACUUGGACAUUACAAGAAGGAUAUCCAGUAUUAAUGGUAACACGUAAUUAUAAUAAUAAUACAUUAACACUUAGUCAAAAACGUUUUCUUCUUGAUCCAAAUGGUUUAAAUUAUUCAUCUAGUUAUAUAAAUCCAUUUAAACCAUUAGAAUUUCAAUGGUAUAUACCAUAUGAUUAUAUGAUUAAUUCAAAAUUAUCAGCAUUUUAUUGGUUAUCACCAAAUAAAACUGAUCAAUUAAUAAAUAUUGAACCAUCAAAUGAUUGGAUUUUAUUUAAUAUAAAUGAAUUUGGUUUUUAUCGUGUUAAUUAUGAUAAUCAAAAUUGGAAUUUAUUAAUAAAUGUUUUAAAACAAGAUCGAUCAAAAAUUCCUGCUGUAUCACGUGCACAAUUAAUUGAUGAUUCAUUUAGUUUCACACGUUCAGGAGAUUUAAAAGUUAGUAUACCAUUAGAAUUAUCAACAUAUUUAUGUAAUGAAUUAAAUUAUAUUCCAUUUUCAUCAUUUUCAACAAAUAUACAAUAUUUAACAGUUAUGUUUGGUCAAAAUGAAAGUACUAUUGAAUAUCAACAAUUACAAAAUUAUAUUCGUACAUUAGAAGAACCAGCUUAUAAAUCUCUUGGAUGGUCAAUAGCUCCAACUUCAUCGGAUUAUUUAUCUCGUCAAUUACGUUCUCUUAUUAUUAGUGAUUUAUGUUCAAAUGGUCAUGAACCAUGUAUUCAAGAAGCAAUAUUACAAUAUCGACAAUGGCGUAAAAAUCCAAUAACACAUCCAAUAAAUCCAGAUUUUCGUACAACUGUCUAUUGUCAAGGUAUUAAAAAUGGUACAGUUGAAGAUUAUUUAUUUAUACAAAAUGAAUAUAAACUAACAAAUGAUCAAGUUGAAAAAAAUCGUUUUGGUUUUGCAUUAACAUGUACAAGAAAUGUAACAUUACUUGAAACAUUACUUAAUGAAACAUUAAGUAAUGAUUAUAUACGUUUACAAGAUUCAUCAACAUUUAUUGGUCGUAUUAGUAUACAACCAGGUGGACAAAUAUUAACUUGGCGUUUUAUUAGUAAACGAUGGUUAGAAUUAGUUUCAAAAUUAGGUGGAUUAAGUUUUACAUUAUCAAAUAUUGUUGAAAAUGUACUUCAAUAUAUGAAUACACAAAAUGAAUUAAAUAUUGUUCAACAAUUUAUGAUUGAAACACAAGAUUUAUCAAUAGCUGAACGUGCUUUUCUAUCAUCCGUGGAAAAAAUAAAAGCUAAUAUCCGGUGGAUGGAUACAACAGGACGAGAUAUUCGUACAUGGCUUUCUACCCAUACGGUGACAUGUUAA